UUAACAGCGACGUACAGGCGUGUUUUCUGGAGUGGUACUGCGCGUGCGCAGUGGCAGGAGUCCUUGGCUGGUCGGCCUGCUGUAGGUUACUGAUCCUGUGAAGGGACACCGACGAAAUGCAGAGCUGGACGCAGUUAUACCGCUCUCUGGCCACGCGGAGCCACCACCUUCCAUGCAAACUGCACGGAGCUGCAGCUCUGUCUGUCAGAACCUAUGCUGACAAAGCAGCAAUUGAUGCAGACGUCACAGUGGUGGGCUCCGGUCCAGGCGGCUACGUUGCUGCCAUCAAAGCCGCACAGCUCGGCUUCAAAACUGUGUGUGUAGAGAAGAAUCCUACACUGGGUGGCACCUGUCUGAACGUUGGCUGCAUCCCCUCAAAGGCUCUGCUGAACAACUCUUAUCUGUACCACAUGGCUCAUGGCAAGGACUUUGAAAGCAGAGGCAUCGAAAUUUCAGGCCUCUCGUUGAACCUGGAGAAGAUGAUGGCUCAGAAAAGUGGAGCAGUCAAAGCUUUGACCGGAGGAAUCGCACAUCUAUUCAAACAGAACAAAGUGACCCAUGUCAAUGGUUUUGGGAGAGUGACAGGUAAGAACCAGGUGACGGCCAUAGCAGAGGACGGCAGCGAGCAGGUCAUCAACACCAAGAACAUCCUCAUAGCUUCUGGCUCCGAGGUCACGCCCUUCCCUGGGAUCCAGAUCGAUGAAGACACCAUCGUGUCAUCGACAGGAGCUUUGUCCUUGAAGACAGUGCCCGAGGAGCUGAUUGUGAUUGGAGCUGGAGUCAUCGGAGUGGAGCUGGGGUCAGUGUGGCAGCGUUUGGGCUCUAAGGUCACAGCGGUGGAAUUCUUGGGCCACGUGGGCGGUAUGGGCAUCGACAUGGAGAUCUCCAAGAACUUCCAGCGCAUCCUGCAGAAGCAGGGUCUCAAGUUCAAGCUUGGCACCAAAGUCAUGGGAGCCACCAAAAGGCCGGACGGCAAGAUUGAUGUGGCUGUUGAGGCGGCGGCCGGAGGGAAGAACGAGACGCUGACAUGUGACGUGCUGCUGGUCUGUAUCGGCAGACGACCUUUCACCCAGAACCUCGGUCUUGAAUCUGUCGGCCUCGAGCUGGACAACAGGGGCCGCAUCCCUGUCAACAACCGCUUCCAGACCAAAGUACCCAGUAUACAUGCAAUCGGUGACGUGAUCGCUGGGCCGAUGUUGGCACACAAGGCUGAGGACGAGGGCAUCAUAUGUGUGGAGGGCAUGGCCGGUGGCGCCGUUCACAUCGACUACAACUGUGUUCCCUCCGUCAUAUACACACACCCAGAGGUGGCCUGGGUGGGCAAGACAGAGGAGCAGCUCAAAGAGGAGGGUGUCCCGUACAAAGUUGGCAAGUUCCCCUUUGCAGCCAACAGCCGAGCCAAAACCAACGCCGACACCGACGGCAUGGUGAAGAUCCUCGGUCACAAGGAGACAGACAGGAUGCUGGGAGCGCACAUUGUUGGAACUGGAGCAGGAGAGAUGAUCAAUGAAGCCGCUUUGGCCAUGGAGUAUGGCGCCUCCUGUGAGGACAUCGCCAGAGUCUGCCACGCCCAUCCCACUGUGUCGGAGGCUUUCAGAGAAGCAAACCUUGCCGCCUCCUUCGGCAAAGCCAUCAACUUCUGAUCUGCCGGCCAAUGUCGCAUCGUCAGUGUACAUACCAGACGAGAAACAGGAAGCCGUGUGUCUGCAUCCAAACCUACAUCCAACCCACCGGGACCCUCUGCUCAACUCUGUACCACAUUUAGUUAUAAUGUUAUUUAAAUGUUCUCAGUGAAAUAAUAAAGAGGGAUUGGGCAGUAAAUACA